AUGGUCAGGCCUGAUGCUCUUCCCUUGAGAGCAGCUUUGCGUGCUGCUCGGCCGAGACUGACAUACAACAUCGCGAACCAAAACCGACAGUUUGGCGUCUCUAUUCAAUGCCUUGCUGAUGAACGAUCACAUUCUUUCAAGAAUCAACUUUAUGAAAGUACCCAGCAACGGUUGAAGCGUGAACGUGCGGAGCAGGAACGAUUUUCGCAAUACCAAACCCAGUCUCCCGGAGGCCGCUAUGCAGCUUUGAUGUUCGCAUUGGCUUUUUUUUCUACUGGAGCAUAUUAUCUAGGUUCCCUUAAACCAGCCAGUCUCCCAUCGUUAUCAACGACAUCUCUUUCUGAUUUAGAGCCCCCGCAGCACAAUGUCUCUCAAUCAAAUCUUCAGGCUGCAUGGGCUGAUUUUGUUGAGAUUUUGGGCAAGGAGAACGUCUCAACGGAAAAUGGCGACCUAGAAUUGCACUCGGGGUCGGAUUGGUCUUCCUACUCGCGAAAGGAUGAUGAGAAACUGUUCCUUGUACUGUACCCUUCCACUACUGAAGAAGUCUCUCGGGUUAUGAAGGUUUGCCAUCAGAGAGUGAUUCCGGUGACCCCGUACUCUGGGGGCACCAGCUUGGAAGGUCAUUUUGCGCCCACAAGAGGAGGGGUGUGUAUCGACUUCCGUCGCAUGGACCGUAUUCUCCAACUUCAUAAACGUGAUCUGGACGUGGUAGUCCAACCUGCACUUGGAUGGGAAGAGCUGAAUGAGGAGCUCGCUAAAGAGGGCCUAUUUUUCCCGCCAGAUCCCGGUCCCGGGGCGAUGAUCGGGGGCAUGGUAGGUACUGGAUGUUCGGGGACCAACGCCUACAGAUACGGCACGAUGCGGGAAUGGGUCCUGUCCUUGACAGUCGUUCUUGCUGAUGGGGCAGUAAUCAAGACAAGGCAACGGCCACGCAAGUCGAGUGCUGGUUAUGACCUCACCCGACUUUUCAUUGGAAGCGAAGGCACCCUCGGUCUAGUAACCGAGGCCACCCUGAAGCUGACAGUCAAACCCAAAAGCCAAAACGUCGCUGUUGCGAGCUUUCCAUCAAUCCAAGCUGCGGCCGAAUGUGUAACGCGCGUGGUAGAAGAAGGGAUUCCGGUAGCUGGUGUUGAGAUCCUGGAUGAUGUACAAAUGAAAUGCAUCAACGCCAGCCAGUCGACCAGCCGGCAAUGGAAGGAAUCACCUACUCUGUUUUUCAAGUUUACCGGGACCCCUGUCGGAAUAAAGGAACAAAUAGGCAUGGUGCAAAAGAUCGUAUCCGGCACUGCAGGCCGGUCGUUUGAGUUUGCUCGGGGCGAGGAAGAGAUGCAAGAACUAUGGGGCGCUCGGAAAGCAGCUCUUUGGAGCGUCAUGGCAAUGAAAAGAGGGCCCGAAGACCACGUUUGGACAACUGAUGUGGCGGUGCCAAUGAGCAAGCUCCCUGACAUCAUUGAAGCUACAAAGCAAGACAUGACCGAAAGCGAGCUGUUGGCGGGGAUAUGUGGACAUGUCGGGGAUGGCAACUUUCAUGCCAUAAUCGUGUUUAAUCAAAACGAGAGGAAGAGUGUGGAGGCUGUUGUUCACAGGAUGGUAAAGCGAGCAGUUGAGAUGGAAGGGACAGUGACAGGCGAACAUGGCGUCGGUCUCAUAAAACGAGACUAUCUCGAACAUGAGCUCGGGGAGUCUACAGUGGAUGCUAUGCGGCGGUUGAAACUGGCUUUGGAUCCUCUCCGCUUGCUCAAUUGCGAUAAGGUCGUUCGCAUUGAACAGCCCGGGAUUGGAGAGAUCAAGGAAUGGUAA